CUAAUUGUUGUGAUAAACUUAUUAAAUAGGUUUUUAAUCAAUGGCUCAGAGUGAAAAUCGAGCGAAAUUUUCAGAAGCUAAACCGAAGAAGAUAGGAGGGGAUACGGACAUAGAAGAUGAAUUGACUAGAAGAGCCGUUGAAGAAAUAGGGAAAGAGACAAAAAGAGCCAAGAUGCGAUACGAGUCCAUGGGAUCGAUGGCGUGGAAGAAAAGUCCAGUGCAGCCCAUCAACAAACGUUUUCUCCGGAAUAUGAUUCAAUCCUCUUCAUCUACCUCCACGCAUAACAAUACACGCGGAGAAAGAUCGACGAAAGCGAAUUUAGAAAAACAGGAGUUUCAGAAAACAACAGGAAAAGUUACAAAGCGAUCAAAAACUACAACUUCGUGAUACGAUUUUUAUUUUGUUUUGUGCCCUCUUUUUACAAUCAUUUUUAAAAUUGAGUUUGAUCUGUUUCGUGAAUUGAAAUAUC